AAUAUUCUCGUUACCUAUAAAUUGUCACUUAAUUUCCUUAAUAUAAUCACAAUUCAUAACUUUAUUAACGUUAACCCAUCUCUUAGAGUGUUUAAUACUAUAGUAAAUACGGUAUGAAUUUAGUUCAUGUGGUCGUUGUGUUUGUGGUCAUUGUUUUGGCCGUCGAUAUCGUCACCGCAUUUCCUGUCGACUCGAGCGGUGACCACAAUAUAGAGGACGCCGAGACCCGGGAGAAGAGAGAGGCCGCUCCCUGUGGCUCAACCAAUCCCACAAAUAACGUGGGCAACAGCCCCGGCAGGGCUCGAGCUCAGGGCAACAGAGCCAGGAAUCAAAGGCACAAUGGAUGUAGAGCUGAGACCAGCAAAGCCGAGGCCCGCGUCUCUAUCAUUAGUUACCGUCACAUCUCUCGAGAAAUGCCACAAAUCGUUGUCGACAGCGCUCUCGACGACGACAACAACAAACAGUUCCCAUUGAAAGAUGUGGUUCAGACCAUAAACACGUUAUCCAUUAACAGUCCGCCCAUCAAAUACCUGACACCACCGGCCCGUACGAGACACCGCUCCACCACUGAAUCCGUCUCUACUGUUAGCACUCAUUCAUCCAAUUCUUCGCUCAAAGGUAAAAAUAAAAAACUGAGCCGAUCGGUGUCCGACUGCGACGACAACGUGUCAAUCGGUGGCUGUAGUAUCGGCGGUCUCGGCAGUGUCUUCGCCGCCGACGACGACUACCACUCGGACAUCAGUGCCGUCAACCGGCCAAUAGAUUCCGCACAUAUGACCGCACGAUUGGUGAGCUUUCUGUCCGUUAUGUACGCUCUGGUGAUUAUAGUGACGGCUGCCCUCAUCUGUGUCUACGACUUGGACACCGCCGACAGCGAUAUCAACCAUAUAUUCAUGUCUGGCAUGACUUUGAUUGGCUUCGCGUGGCUUAUAUUCCUUCACUGGGAUAUCCAUCGAUACAAGCGGUGGGCCGUCGAGUAUCUGAGGCCAGAAUCGGGCUCUACUGUCGACGACAACUGCAGCAAACGGUCCAACUUUGACGAUACUAUGAGUAUAACAACGGCCGUCAUAUUUAACUCUAUAAACCAAUCGCAACCUCAAUGGCCGUCGCCUUCA